AUGCUAGCGCAGGAGUCAGUGCUUCUACAAACGUCGGAGCUCAAAGACCAUGUUGUGGCUUAUUUCCACGGUCGUCGACCCUCGGCAGCGAAGAUUCUCGCAGAUCUGAACCCAGUUUGGGGGAAGUUCGGGAGCAUUAUUGCUGACAGGUGCGCUUUCUUGGUGUAUCCUUGGACUGCUGAUGGAAACUUAGCUGCGCAGGAGCUUCUGUUUGCACCGACGUGGGCAGUGCUUAAGAACGUUCCUCCUCAGUUGUACUCCCUUAACGGCAUUAGUGUUGUUGCCAGUGGUAUUGGUGAUCCGCUCCACACUGAAAAGUCUCGCUUGGACCCAUAUCACUUUGGUGAUACCAAAGUCAAGGUUGAGAUUGAUUUAUCGAAAUCUCCUCCAGAGGUGGUUGAAGUUAGGGGUACUCAAGGAAAUUCGGUCAGGAUUAACGUAGAGUACCCCAGUCUCCCGCCUAAAUGCAUUAACUGCGGCAAGUUUGGUCAUCUGAUGAAUCGCUGUCACAAACCCCCUAUGAAAAGAAGUCAUUCUCAGAAACCAGAAAAAGUGAUCAGUGUGGUGAAGUCGGGGGAGGAUGUCUCUUUAGCGCCUCAGGGGGCGUUAGUAGGAGUAGAAGUGCAGAAUGAGGAGAGUAAGGAUAAGAAGCUCAGGGCUCGUUCGAGAUCACGGAGAAGGUCACAGUCUAGAGCAAGAGCUAAAGCGAGGGCUCCGAGUUCUCCUCCUGAAGUCUCUCCUGCAGAAGUCUCAGGUGAGCAAGUUGUGGAGACUCUAGGAAUGGUUGAGAAGGAGAGUUUUUAUUUGGAGGAAAAGGAGUUGAGUUCAGGGGAAGGCUCUGGUGCCAGUGAGAAGCCUUUGGGUGAGGAUCUGCUUCAACUGGAGGAAGGGGAGAUUCGUGAGGUUUCAAGAGCGGGUGAUAGUAAGAGCCUAGCAAUAAAAGUAGUGGAUUUGAAUUUGCGGUUUGAUGAGGACAAGUCACUGUGGCUUACCAAGCACUCUAAGAACUAUAGGCGCGCUCUGAGGCAGAUGGCACUUUGCGAGUGGUUAGAAGUUGGUUGCAAGGACACGUCGGUUGGAGCUUUACUUGAAACUCAUAUACAAGAGAAUAAUUUUUUAGGGGUUUUAGGAGCUGUUGCUCCAGGUUGGAGAUAUGACAAUUAUUAUUCGGAAGCUGUAGGAGGAAGAAUUUGGCUCUUGUGGAAUCCGUCUUUGUCAGUAGUGGUCUAUCUAAGGACGGAUCAGUUGAUCUUAUGUGGGGUGUUUGAUCCAGCUUCAGGUACUAAUUGCACUGUUGCUUUCGUGUAUGCGCAUAACUCAGAAGCGGAAUGGCGUAAUAUGUGGAGGGAUCUAGUGUCUAUUACUAGUAAUUCCUUGGUUUCUGCCAUUCCACUGAUAAUUUUGGGGGACUUUAAUCAAAUUCUAACGGCGGCUGAGCAUUUUUCUCUGUUCCCGUACGAGCUGCCAAUCAGAGGUAUGGAGGAUUUUCAGCGCUGUUUAGAAGAGACUAACCUAUCAGAUAUGGACAUCAGGGGCACCUUCUUCUCCUGGUCCAAUAGGCGUCCAGAGGACCCAAUUCUCAGGAAGCUAGAUAGGAUGAUUUGCAGCGAAAAGUGGAGGGAGAUCUAUCCAGAGGCUGUUAGCGUCUUUGAAGCGCCGGGAGAUUCUGAUUAUUAUCCUGCAGUGGUUUCAUUCUCUUCGGCUUCUCAGGCUAGGAAGUGCAGUUUUAAAUAUUUCUCCUUCUUAUCUUCGCAUCUGAGAUUCUUAUCUGAGAUCAGGAAGACGAGGGAGGAGCCUAUUCCCGUUGGCUCGUGCCCUCAAGAAGUUGCUGACAAACUGAUCAUCAUUUCUUCGGAGGAGGACAUCAAGACAACUCUGUUUGCUAUGCCAAAGAACAAAGCACCAGGCCCUGAUGGCUACUCAGCGGAAUUCUUUUGGGAAGCAUGGGAGAUUGUAGGAAAGGAUGACUGGAGCGGUCAAAUAAUUCUUCACAACUGGUCGGAUGUUGAGACAGUUCAAUACCACUGUUAUUUCUCUGAUCCCUAA